AUGAAUCUGCGGCCUGUUUUAGGGAUACUUAUUUUAUUACCUGUGUGUCUGUCACUAAAACAGGGAGAUGAGGGUGUUUGUAUGACGAGGAUAAAAUCGCGAAAUGGACUAAUAUUACGAGCACAUUGUUGUGCGGGGUGGGAGUACGAUGCAAGAGAAAGCAGAUGUAAACCUGAGUGCAGAGGCUGCGGUACUGGUACAUGUGUUGCUCCGAAUAAAUGCGCCUGUCCCCCGCCAUUAAUAAACAGGAGUGGCCGGUGUAUCAUGGCAAAGCCGACAUGUGAUAGCCCCUGUGUAAAUGGGAUGUGUACAGCACCUAACGUAUGCACUUGUAAACGAGGAUACACACCUGAAAGUCAAUACACAUGCGUACCUGAAUGUAAUGAACCCUGCGUCAAUGGCAUUUGUGGUGCACCCGAUUCAUGUACAUGUAAUAAUGGCUAUGAACCCAUUAAUGCCACAGUAUGUGAACCCAAAUGCAAUUUAUGCUUAAAUGGCGAUUGUGUUGAACCUAACGAAUGUAGAUGCCACGAUGGCUAUUCCAUGGAAGAUGGCGUUUGCAAACCUGUCUGUGACAAAACAUGCGUCCACGGAGAAUGUACAGCACCAAACAUUUGCACUUGUGAUUCUGGAUUUAAGCCCUUAAAUCCAUUUACUUGUGCCCCAAUUUGCGAUCCAAUUUGUGUGAAUGCUUCUUGUGUGGCACCAAAUACCUGUAAUUGUAAUGCUGGGUAUGAACCAGUUUCUGGAUCGAUUUGUAAACCUAAAUGUGAUUACUGCUCCUAUGGGGAUUGUGUUGGACCUAAUGAAUGUCGUUGUUACGAAGGUUAUACGAUGGUAGAUGGAGUAUGUAAGCCUCAAUGCACUCAGCCCUGUGUCAAUGGCAAAUGUGUCGCCCCUAAUAUAUGCACAUGUAACACUGGCUAUGAAUCUGUCAAUACCACAGUAUGUCAACCCAAAUGCAAGUCUUGCUUGAAUGGUGUAUGUAUUGGACCCAACAAUUGUAGAUGCAAUAACGGCUAUAUCAUGAGAGGUGGCGUUUGCAAACCUGUCUGCGACAAAGAAUGUGUCCACGGAGAAUGCAUAGCACCAAAUACAUGCGCAUGUGAUUCAGGAUUUAGACAUACCCCAUUAAGUCCAUUUACGUGUGUUCCAAUUUGUAAACAAGGCUGUGUAAAUGGUAUAUGUACGGCACCAAAUAAAUGCGAUUGUCAAGAAGGAUAUCAGUUUGUAACAGAAUCGAUUUGUAAGCCUGUAUGUACUAAAGCCUGUGUUAACGGAGAAUGCACAGCGCCAAAUACUUGCACCUGUGCUCAUGGAUACAGGGCAAAUUCUCUUGACCGAUUUACUUGUACACCAAUCUGCGAGCCACCUUGUGUAAAUGCUACGUGUGUCGCACCUAAUACCUGUACCUGUAACUUAGGAUUCCAACCAGUAACACCAUCAGCUUGCAAACCUACUUGUGAUAAUUGUGCUAACGGAAACUGUGUAGGGGUAGAUAAUUGCCAAUGUCACGAUGGAUAUGAGAUGAAAAAUGGUACAUGUACACCAUCCUGUUCUGAAACUUGUGUAAAUGGAUAUUGUAAGGGACCAAAUAAUUGUGCUUGUUUUGAAGGAUAUAUAAAAAAAUCUGAUCAAUCCUCUAUAUGUGUUAAGCCUUGCCCAGACACUUGCACGAAUGGCAGCUGUGACUCCACUGGUUUAUGUACAUGUGACUCAGGCUUCGAAUAUAUUAAUGGUACCUGCGUGGCUCUAGCAUCCAUGAAUUGUACUUGCUGUGAAGGCAACUGCACUGCUGGUGAAAACUUGUGUCCCGAUCACUUCUGCCCGUCCGUGGCUCAAGUAGCUUCUCCAACAGGGUUAGCCGGUUUAGAACUGACAUGGUUGCUGUGCGCUUGCUUGGGGUUGAUUCUUCUCACUCUAUCCAUUGUCAUCAUAGGACACAUGUGGAGAAAGCGCAAGGAGUUUGACACUAAGAAUCCUAAUUCAGGAACAAACACCUUAGGAAGUGUAGUUUACACGCUUCCAGACACGUUGAAAUAUCGAAAUUAUCCCGAUAAUCAAAUAAAUGAAGAAUUUGACGAAGAAAUUGAAGAAGAAGACGAAGAAAAACAAACUGCCGAACAACUUUUAGCGAGCAAAAUAGUAUUCGAACACGAAAAACUU